CCCCACGCCCGCGCCAUGCCAUACAGCUCAGCUCCCCUUUCGGAUCUUGGUUCGACGCCGGCAAAUCAGCAUGAAAGCGACUUUUUAUUUUGUUUUUUAUUAACAUAAUCUUUUACAUCCUUUUGCCCUAUUUCUUUGAUACUCCACCAAGCCAAGCCAAGCCAAGCCAAUACUCGUCCACCGACAACGAUGAAAGCAUGGCCAAAUACCGCCUGGGAUGCACCUACCAAUUGUCCCUCGGAGUAUCGGCUCGUGCCAUUUUCUUCACCGACCUGCGCGAACCCACCGGCGAUGCCCUUCGCCGUCGCCCACCCCCUAUCACCGAGCUCUGGCCGAGAAGUGUCCUGUGCGAAUCUGGGCUUGAGAUGCCGGGCGGUUGGCUUCAUGUGAAAGUUGCUCGACAGUCGACAGGUGGUACUAUUGGAACUUUGCGGUUGAACUUUUACCAUGCAUUCGUUCCCUUUGUGACAUGUCCAACAGGCCAAGUCAGGCGUGGCUCUGCUCCCGGCUUUCAUGACCACCUAAGACAUCCGUACUUCUCUGCUUCCAGGAUCGCCUCGGGCCUCUUGCACAACUCCCUGCCCGGUGCGUCUUGGGUCACAAAGAGGCUUGAUGGCCGAUGGGGAUACCGCCCUCUCCAAGCACCAUUCCGGCGGAUCACCUCUGCCUCGUGUGGUGAUGCCACGAGGCAGCCAUGCUGUGAGCGCGCCAGGUGUGCUUAGGUGCGCCGUCAACACUAUUGAGUCUUGUGAAGAGGUCAGCUCGCGGCUAAUCCCGCCACUAGUUAGCCUCCUGGCUCAGAUGCCGGCCAAUGCUAGAUCUAUAGGCACCUCUCCAGGGCGAUGGGCGUGGGCACGGCGUGAC